AUGCCAGCCAGUGGUAGGACAGGCUCUCCCGCUCUCCUUCUCCUCUUCAUGGCAGCCUUCGUCGCCAAUGAGACCUGUGAAGCCUUUACCCCCCGAUCAAAACCCUGCACAUUGGGUGCAAUGGUGCGCUACACGGUCAAUGCCAGCUCCCCGGACGAGUUCAUUGAGACGAUUCGAUUCGCCCAGGAACGAAAUAUUCGUUUCGUCAUUCGCAACACGGGCCAUGAGUAUAUAUUACCCGGUAUAGAUGUUCUUCAGGACAUUGACUUCCUGAACUACACCAGUGCGCACUAUACCCGGCCGGCCCUGCGCAUGACUGCAGGCGUUCAAGGCGUCGACAUCUAUGAGGCCGCCCAUGCACGAGGGCUGGUCAUUGUGGGCGGCGAAUGUGCCACUGUAGGCCCCGUUGGCGGCUACACGCAAGGCGGGUACCCGGAUCCGUACCGGGCGCUUUCUGGAGGCGGCGGAGGAGGGACAUAUGGCGUCGUGUAUGCCAUGACCGUCAAGGCGUUUCCUGAUUUCCCUGCCACCGGCGUCGUUCUCCAGUUCGAGAGCAAUACCUCCUCAUCGAGGCAUUUCUUUGAAGCCGUGGGCCAUUACCAUCGUCACCUGCCCGCGUACACCGCGACUGGUGGGAUGGCUAUCGCAGAGAUCACACAUUCAUCGUUCCUGCUCACCCCGCUGACACUGCCCAUGCAUACAGCAGCGAAGGCCAAGACGUUGCUGGCGCCUUUUCUGCAAAACCUGCAUGAACUGAACAUCUCCUACACCCUGAACAUCACCCAGUCGCCCUCCUAUUUUCAGCACUAUAUGCAACUGAUCGAACGAAACCCGACGCAGCUGGUGCAAAACGCGUAA